GCCGGCGCCGCCGCCGCCACGUCCCGGGCCGGGCGGGCGGCGGCGCCGAGGCCUCCGGGCGGGCGGGCCUCCAGCGCUCCCCGGACGCCGGGACCCCGCGCGCCUCGCCCCCAGGCCCGCGAGGCCCGAGCCGAGCUUCGCCCCUGGGGCCGCGGAAGGGCUCGAGGACCGCGACAGGCUCCGGCUCCACGGAGGAGACAGGAGGAGCCAGGAACCUCCAAGGCAAAGCAGAUACUGCAAGGAAAUGUGGACCAGGCCUAAGAAGGUGUUCUUGGGGCCCAGGGUGUUGCUGAAGUUUUCAGAAGCUCCCCAGGUGGUUCCAAUACACAGCCAGGACCGGGAGCCACUGCCCUAAACAUCAGGUCGGACACCUUAGCAGAUGAUCGCAGAGCAGAAACGCUGCCUGGCCAAGUGGACACACCCCUCCGUAGGACUCGUCACAGCCUAGCCCGUCAGCAGAGUGUAGCCGUGUGACCCGCUGAGGACCCAGGUGCCCCACGUCACUCCCGGGCAGCGAUGGCCUGAGAAACGCCCACCCCCGCGGUUCCGCGCAGGCUCUGGCCGGCAAGUGGGCGGAGCCGGGACGCUCCAGGGAAGAAUCACUGAAUGGCUGACAUUUGACAACAUGCACCACCAGUGGCUUCUGUUGGCCACAUGCUUCUGGGUGAUUUUCAUGUUCAUGGUGGCCAGCAAGUUCAUCACACUGACCUUUAAGGACCCUGAUGCCUACAGCGCCAAGCAGGAGUUUCUGUUCCUGACCGCCGCGCCCGACGCGGGGAGGUCGCUGAGAGAGACGCACUUCCCAGAGGAGCUGAAGCUGACCGGGAAGAUGCUGCCGGGAGGGCGGCUCAUUCAACCCUUGGUCUAUAUGCAGCGUCUGGAGCUCGUCAGAAACGUGUGCAGGGACGACACCCUGAGGAACCUCUCACACACCGCCGUCUCCAAGUUUGUCCUCGACCGGAUGUUCGUCUGUGACAGGCACAAGAUUCUCUUCUGCCAGACCCCCAAAGUAGGCAACACCCAGUGGAAGAAAGUGCUGAUCGUGCUGAACGGUGGCCUGUGGAUCACCAGAAGCUUUUCUUCACUCUCAGCCUGCCCGCAGAAGCAGUUGAAAUUCCAGGACCUAAACGUGGAUACUGGGAUGGCCCACGGGGAACGCGGGCCCGGGCUUCGAGACGGGCAUCUGUCUUUAAAGGCAGCAUCCCCAACACGCCCUCUCCCUGUUUGCCUCCCAGGAGCCUUUCCUUCCAUCGAAGAGAUCCCUGAAAGCGUGGUGCACGACCACGAGAAGAACGGCCUCCCGCGUCUCUCUUCCUUCAGCGAUGCAGAAAUUCAGAAGCGCUUGAAGACAUACUUCAAGUUUUUUAUCGUAAGGGAUCCCUUCGAGAGACUGAUUUCUGCGUUUAAGGAUAAGUUUGUUCACAACCCCCGCUUUGAGCCUUGGUACAGGCACGAGAUCGCCCCUGGCAUCAUCAGGAAGUAUAGGAGGAACCGAACGGAGACCAGGGGCAUCCAGUUUGAGGACUUCGUGCGCUACCUGGGUGACCCGAACCGUAGGCGGCUGGACCUUCAUUUUGGGGACCACGUCAUCCACUGGGUGACGUACGUGGAGCUGUGCGCGCCCUGCGAGAUCACGUACAGCGUCAUCGGCCACCACGAGACCCUAGAGGACGACGCCCCGUACAUCCUGAAGGAGGCCGGCAUAGACCACCUGGUGUCUUACCCCGCCAUCCCCCCGGGCAUCACCGCGUAUAACAGAACCAAAGUCGAGCACUACUUUCUGGGCAUCAGCAAACGAGACGUCCGGCGCCUCUACGCACGUUUUGAAGGGGACUUUAAACUCUUUGGGUAUCAGAGGCCAGAUUUUUUGCUCAACUAACGUGC